CGUUAAGCGCAGCGUCAAGAAAAGUUUACAAACACAAUGGCUGAGGAGGAAGCUCCGACAUCAAAAGAAGAGCCGUUUCCGCUGUUCCUCAUAACAGCAAACACGACACAGCAGAAUAAACGGAGGAAGGUGACAGACACGGAGAAGGGGGCAGACGGAGAGCGACAGGAAACCAGGAUAAACAUCGGACCUGCUUUUCAGAGGUGGAGGAAGGUACGGGAACAGAAAGGGUUCAAAACAGAUGCAGAGUUCGCCACAUUUCUGCUGAACAGUGUUGACUGUGCAGAGGAUUGGACAUGUUGUCCAGAUGAGGACAAAGGAGAUGUUUCAACAUCAGAGGAAGAGGAGACUGUAGAAGAGGAUGGCAUCAGUGACUAUAAUGAGGAUAAAGACUACAUCCCUCAUGGAUAUUUCUGCGCUGGUGGUGCCAGUAAAACCAAAAUGACCUCGGAUGCUCCAGAGUCCAUCAGCAGAGAGUUCACCUCACAUGAAGCUGUAGAGCCAACAGAGCAGCUACCAGGCGGGAGUGAAAAAAUGAAAGUCCAGAGAAACAAGCCUUACCAUCAGCUUGGAAACCAGGAAAAAAGUGCUGCCGAGAGCCACCACCAAGACUCCACGUCACAGAACAUAUACCUGAAAAAGACGAAAACGGAGGAAGAUCACAGACCUGAAACACAGGAGCAGGAUUGCAGCACAGCGCCUACGGAUAUUUAUUUUUGUUCAGAUGUUUUCAGUGCAAGUCCAGAAUCUACCAGUGAGCACUCCAGCUUCCCUUAUGAGACUGAAGAAAUAAUAUCACACCAGGAGCUUCGCAGACCAAAGAAGAUCUACAAAUGUCAGACUUGUAGUAGAGUGUUCCCUCGGUACAAUGCACUGCAGCGCCACCUUGUGAUUCACUCAGGAAAAAGACCUUUCAAAUGCUUCAUAUGUGGAAGGGGAUUCACCCAGAGUGGAAACCUCAAAACACACAUGAAAGUUCACAGAGACCUCCCGAAGUGGACAUUAGUCCAAAAGAAGAGUGAACCUAAAGAGUCACCUGCUACAGUUCAUGUGUGUGGGGACUGUGGAAUGGACUUCCCUGAGAAACACCAGCUAGAGGAACACCGUGAGACUCACAAGAAACCCUACGCAUGUCCCGACUGUGGAAAGAGAUUCAAACAGGAAAAUAGCGUUAAAAUCCACAUGCGCCUCCACUCCGGAGAUUCCCUUUUCUUCUGUUCAGCCUGUGGAAAAAGUUGCACUACAGCUAAAAUGCUUAAAAUACAUAUGCUAACCCACACUGGAGAAAAGAAUUACCACUGUGAUCAGUGUGGGAGGGCAUUUUCACGAUCUUCCUAUCUAAAAUUGCACCUCAGAACUCACACUGGAGAACGACCUCACCUGUGCUCCAUUUGUGGUAAACGUUACUCCAGAGCAGAUACCCUUAAAGCUCACCUGAGAGUUCACACCGGAGAGAACCCGUAUACGUGUAAGAUAUGUGGGAAAUGUUUCUAUUACUAUCAGGGUUAUCAAGCGCAUGUGAAGAUUCAUGACAAGAAGCCAAAAACUGCCACGAGACCUCUGGGAAGACCAAAGCAACAGCUGAUAGUGGUGAAAAAUCAAUAAUGUCAUUUUAAGUUAUUAUUUUUUUAAAUAUAAGUUUAACUCUCUGAAGUGAAAUUUCUGAAGUGAUUGGAAAAGCACUAUCAAUGUUAGCACAUAUUGGUACAUAUAUACAGUCAGCUCCAGUGUCGUGACUAGAAUUGAAGAAAAUAAAUCCUGAUAAUUGUUCUUGUGUGUUUUGUAAUUGUGCUUAACCUAACUCUUACUAAACUCUUAAACUUAAUGGUGAUUAAUCCUGACACUAAAAACUCAGUGGAGCUCUGAUACUGGGAUUUGUCAUAGUAACAGGUACAAGCGCAGUGAAGCCAGAAAUAUGACUGUUCUUUGUCUUUUUUCUUGAAAAGUUAAGAGUUGGCUUUGCACCACCGUCAACUGGCAUGUUGAUGUGAGGUAUUGUAGUAAAGUAUUGUUUUGUAUUCCCAUCCCCUGUCACGCUCUGAGUUCACUCAAGUAAAUAAGAAAUAAUGGAAUUAUCUAAUAUUAUGGCUUGCUGUAUGGUGCAUCUGUUUUAGUAAGUGAAGUUCUAGUCUUAUAUUAGUCUGUUAAACUAAUAAGCAGAUAUGAUCACUGGGCACUUUAUUAUCAACAAAAAUAUCAGUCAGUUGCAUGGCAGCAACUCAGUGCAUUUAGGCCUGGUCAAGAUGACCCGCUAGAGUUCAAACUGAGCAUCAGAACGGGGAAGAAAGGUGAUUUAAG